CCCUACACAUGCUCUGAGUGUGGGAAAAGCUUCAAGCACCGCUCUGCCCUUAUCACACAUCGAAUAAUCCACACGGGAGAAAGACCCUACACAUGCUCUGAGUGUGGGAAAAACUUUAGUCAGAGCUCUGUCCUUCUCACACAUCGAAGAAUCCACACAGGAGAAAGGCCCUACACAUGCUCUGUGUGUGGGAAAAGCUUCAAGCACCGCUCUGCACUUAGCACACAUCGAAUAAUCCACACGGGAGAAAGACCCUACACAUGCUCUGAGUGUGGGAAAAGCUUCAAUCGGAACUCAACCCUUAUCAUACAUCAGGGAAUCCACACAGGAGAGAAGCCCUACGCAUGCUCUGAGUGUGGGAAAAGCUUCAAUCGGAACUCAACCCUUAUCACACAUCAGAGAAUCCACACAGGGGAGAUGCCCUAUACGUGCUCUGACUGCGGGAAAAGCUUCAAUCGCUGCUCUGCCCUUAUCAAACAUCGAAGAAUCCACACAGGAGAAAGGCCGUACACAUGCUCUGAGUGUGGGAAAAGCUUUAGUCAGCGCUCAAACCUUAUCAAACAUAGGAAAAUCCACAUGGGUGAGAAAUCUUAUGGAUGCUCUGUGUGUGGGAAAUGUUUCUUUCAUCAUUCAGACCUCAUCUUACAUCAGAGAAUCCACACAGGGGAGAAGCCCUACACAUGCUCUGAGUGUGGGAAAAGCUUUAGUCAGAGCUCUGUCCUUAUCAGACAUUGUAGAAUCCACACAGGAGAGAAGCCCUACAUGUGCACUGAGUGUGGGAAAAGCUUCAAUCGGCGCUCAAACCUUAUCAGACAUAGGAAAAUCCACCUUGGAGAGAAGCCCUAGACAUGCUCUGAGUGCAGGAAAAGCUUCAAACAGCACUCAAGCCUCAUUAGACAUCAGAAAAGCCACAUGAGAGAGAACUGUAAUCAAUUCCUUGACUAGGGUUGGCCAAAAUUUUUUUUUUUUAAAAAUCACAUUUGCUCAUUCCUACUUAGUUAUUUUUGUACCAUCUUCACCGUGGUCUCUCAGCUCCACCAGAUCAGUUGCCUGCUUCUGCCUUUUGCAGCUC